GCCCAAGAUGGUUUAUUAUUUUUUGUUUUUGGCCGAUUCGAUUCAAUUCGAUUCGCUCCGUGCCUGUAAAGUUUACUGCCAAGAUUCAGAAUAACCCUUUCAACCCUUUACUCAAAAGAGCAACAUUAGACCACAAUGCUACCUCCAUCAUGGAAGAAAGCCCUCAUAGCCCUCUACAGCCUUCUGCUCACAAUUGUUGUUGUGGUAUAUGUUGUGGAUUUGAUUCUUUAUGAGGAGACGUGGGUUUGUACUGCUUGUCGGGAUGGUCAAGACGCCUCUCCUGUCCCUCUAUUGUUGUACUUUUCAGUCUGGACUUUUUGGUUGACCAUAGCAGUCUUUUUGUCUUGGAUUUUCUUGGAGAAGAACGAUAUAAACCAAGAGGAAGAGAGCAGUGGCACAAUCAAUGCUCAGGAACAAGGGGAAGACAAUGGGGCAGCUACAACCAUGUCAAAAAGGAAGAUAACUACCCAAUAUCUGUUCUCCUUGGCUCUGCCAUUGACCCUGACAGUAUCAGUAACCUACACUCACUACAUUGCCACAAGACCAACUUCUGAGUUUUACAACGAAGAUCUCUGCUAUACUGCUUGGCGAUCAUCCAUAACACAUGAAUUGGAAAAGUGGAUGGCUGAUUUGUAUCUGGCUGGUGCUGUCAUUGCAGAUUGGACUAUACACUACCUUUGUAGUUUCUUGGUUUUGGUUCUCUACUUCUCUGGAGAACUCCCUUAUGUGGUUGCCCUCCCUUUGUCCACAAGUUUCUCCAUCUGUUUGGGCAUUAUCAUUGCUCUGGUCCAGCAGAGUGGCAUAACUGUGUACUGUGGGGGCAACAUUUGGUUCAAUGUUGGGAUCAUUUGCAUGUUUACCCUGAUCUUUCAUGUUACAUUCUAUUUGGGAGCCAAUGCAAGAAAACUGGGUUGCUGUUGCUGCCAACCAAAGGAAAACAACAACGAUACAAAAAACAUGGAUACAGCUAGCACCAAACAUAUGGAUACAAGUAGCACUAAACACGAGGGCACAGAGGAGCCUGACGAGUAUCCUGUUUGUGUGGAGCACUUUUAGCUUGCGGUGUCUUUUGAAAAUAACUACUCUAAAAAACUCCCCAUUGCCGCGUU